UCGUGUGAUUGGCGGGUGUGAGGCGGGGUGGGUGGAGUUGAGGUAACGGGCGGCGCUGUAGCGGCUCCCACCACCUCCAUCAGCACCUCCAGCACCAACAGCGGCAGCUUCGUCUUCACUAUAAUCGCGAUUUCCGGUAGCAGGGUAGGCAAAUCGGCGAGCCAUGGCGUGCGGUUGGCAGAAGGUGGCGUUUGUGGCGCUGUGCGCGUGGCUGGCGCUGGCCAAGCCCACGGCAGAGAAGAAGAACCGCGUGCACCCUGACGAGCCGCUCAGCGAGAAGAAGCACGACGACGAGCAGAGCUUCGACUACGACCAUGAGGCCUUCCUGGGUGCCGAGACGGCCAAAACCUUCGAUCAGCUCUCGCCCGAGGAGAGCAAGGAGCGCCUCGGGAAAAUAGUGGAGAAGAUCGACAGCGACGGCGAUGGGCUGGUGACGCAGGACGAGAUGACGAUGUGGAUCAAGCACACGCAGCGGCGCUGGGUGUACGAGGAUGUCGACCGCCAGUGGACGGGCCACGACAUCGACGGCGACGGCUCCGUGUCGUGGGAGGAGUACCGCAACGCCACCUACGGUUUCCUCGCCGAGGAGGCACAGGGCGGCGAGGAGGACGGCUUCAACUACAAGCAGAUGCUGGGGCGCGACGAGCGCAGGUUCAAGGCGGCCGACGUGGACGGCGACGGGCAAGCCUCCAAGGAGGAGUUCACCGCCUUCCUGCAUCCCGAGGAGUUUGAGCAUAUGAAGGACAUCAUCGUCACCGAAACCAUGGAAGACAUUGACAAGAACGGAGAUGGCUUCAUUGAUCUGAACGAGUACAUCGGGGACAUGUACAACCAGGCCGGGGAGAGCGAGGAACCCGAGUGGGUGAAGACGGAGCGACAGCAGUUCACGGACUUCCGCGACACCAACAAGGACGGCAAGAUGGACAAGGAGGAGACAAUGGCCUGGAUCCUGCCCUCGGACUACGACCACGCAGAGGCAGAGGCCCGCCACCUCAUCUACGAGUCUGACAGCGACAAGGACGGCAAGCUGAGCAAGGAGGAGAUCCUGGACAAGCACGACCUCUUCGUGGGAAGCCAAGCGACCAACUUUGGCGAGGCCCUGACGCGGCACGAUGAGUUCUAGUCCCCCCCUCUCUCUCCCUCUCCCUGUCAGCCCCCCACCGCCACCACGACCACCAUCACCGGGGCUUUCUUCUUCUGCCCUGACGGCCGCGACCCCCCCCGAGGCCUUCCAGGGGUGGGAGGGGGCGGGAAACACCGCCGAGGGCCGACACGCGACAGGAACGAAGUCGGGCGCGCUACAGGGAACGCUUCUCCGUCCUCCCGCUGCAUUGCGGGCAACGCGUCUCCCCUGGGGAGAAGUGCAAAGGGAGGGGAGGAGGGGUGGGUUGGUGGGUGGGUGAGUGGGUGGGUGGGUGGGGAGGAACGAUCUCCUCUUAUCUGUGUGCGUCGUUCGGUCGCGCACGUAAUCCGGCAUUUGUUACAACGCGAUGCGCGUAGCUAAUACGGAGGCACCCACUGACCCUCCCCCCCCCCGUGCCCCUUCUCUAUUUUCAGAUGAGCUGGUUGUACCUUUGUGGGGGUGGGGUGGGGGGAGAGGGGGUCGUCGUUGGUGGUUGCCAAUUAGGGAUGACCACUGGAUCUCGACAAAUUUGCCUCUAUAAGUGUUUGCUGCCGACAAAAAAAAACGUGACGCUAUAAUUUCCCGAGUUUAAACUUCAAAUUAAGUUCAAAGUAAAGCCACUUGUGACAAAUGAUAAUCUACGCAAUUGUUAGAGUAGCUCGUAUUUUAAAUACGUCAGUGCUUCCACGCGUUUCACCGACCUCGCCUCGGUUGUACCCGCCCACGGUUGUACCCACCACGGUUUUACUCGCCCUUCCGUGCGCAGGAUGAUGGCGGCCGACUGCUGAGAACAACAACAAAAAAUGCGCGGCAGAGGGAGGAAAUUUGUCCGACCAAAAGGCUCGCAUAGCGCACCACCGUUCAUCAGCCGUGCGACGGCAUUUUGUGUUCGAGAGGGGUGGGGUUGGGGGGACGGUUAGGGGGGGAGGGGGAAGUGUUUUUAAGUGAAUGCAAGACAGUGUUAGAUCAUUACUGCCCAAUUACUGCAGCUCCUGUAGAGUUUUAUAAUUUUUUUUUCCUUCCCCUCACCUCUUUCCCCCGACGUGCCCGAUAAAUGCACAGCGCUGUGCGGGCUGCUGUGCCUAUCCCACUGCGAAUCACGCCGUGCCGCUUUCUUUUAGCCUGCGCACGCUCCGGUGAGCACAUUGGCAACCGCAUUCCCUUUCAGCUCUGCGGCGGCGUCGGCGGCGAUGCAGGCAGUGGCGUCGUCCUUCCGCUCACUUCUUGGCGUUGACGCUCGAUGCGGUCCCGUCUGUCCAGUGCGGCGAAUUCCCCGAGUUGUGGAACGCGUUGUUCUCGCUCGCGGUGUUUGACUGGUCCGCUUUCCACCACCACCUGCCCUGCCACCCCCUCCCCUCUCCUUUAGUUGUCAGUCCGUUUGAAUGAGCCUCCCCCCACGCCUAGCAAGAGACGGCCGUCAAUUCAUCGUGGGCACGCCGUAGCGACGAUUCCUAUCGGUCAAACUCGUGUACGGCUGCCCUGUCGACCGCCACCGACCGUCACGAGCAUUCAAGAGUUCCAAUGCCUUCAGCUGUUGUAGGAUCCACGGGCUGCAUCAUUGUAGGGGUUGUUGGCUACAAAUCUUCCGUGCUUGUUGCUGUACGCGGUUGUGCGUAGUUAUGCAUCAUGUCGUCAUUCUCAGCGGCAGCGGUGUGGGUGUUGACAGAAGUGCGUGGGCCAAGAGCAGGCCUCGCUAUCAGCUGAGGUGGCAAGACACUUCGUGGUACCAAUAUACAAACGUCCGUUGCCAGUCAAGUAAUGUGAUGACCCACCCCAUUUGGAAUGGUUAUUGCAAUUUAGAAUUUUUGGCCAUUAGGCGUGUGCCAAAAUCUCGAUUCGUGGAUCACCAAUAAAUUAUAACGUUAAGGAUGCACGCAUUGAACAGUGUGGAGGAGAAUUGAUCGAUUCCAUUUCGACUAAUGGAGUGAACACGACUACAAUACAGCAGGGAUGGUGACAAUAUGAUGCAAAAAAAGUUGUUUCUUUGAAUCAAAUGACAACCCCGCUCAUGAAAUGCCUAGGGGGCUUUGAGCAGUGAUGUAUUGUGCCAUGCAAAUUGGCCAUAUAUAUAAACACAAUUGAUCCCGUGAAUGCUUUUGGCAAACGAGUUGGGUCUGCGCCCACAGAUUAGAUGGAUCGGACGUGUGUGUGUACACCCAUGCUGCCCGGCGUCGGCGGGGCCGAGCGAAAUCGUGAACGGUGAAUCGUGCCGCUCCCGUUGGCAGUAUUUAGAACGACCCUUUGACGCAGUGAAAAUGCCUCGCUACUGAAAUGAGUUGCCAGCGUUUUGUUUUAACCCGAGGGAAGCACAGCUGACGAGUGUGUACAUAUUUUUUUUUUAUCGGUAGGAAGUCCGCAAACGGAGUCCCCCAUUGCCUUCUCUGGUCGCAAUCGGCGCUCUGUCGCUCCCAAAUUGAAGCUGCCUGCAUUUAAUCGUUUUAUAUUAUAUAUGUAAACAGUUCUUCGUAUAUAUUUAAAGGUGAAUUUUUUUUUCCCCCGCGUUGCGUUACUGUCGCGGUUAACUCAAGAAAGAAACGCGUAUUAUGUGGUUACAAAAUGUUCAAAAUGCAAAACAAAACCCAUAUACGUUGUCAAACGAUAAAGCAUUGAUGAAAUAACAGUGUUCACAGUUAAAUACUGAAUAAUAUACUGCAGAGUUGGCGUGUGGGCCAUAUCGUAUGGGGGGAAGCUUUGCAGUCUCAAAUAUCAAGCGGACAUUAUUUCCGAUUUUUUAAAAAUUAAAGAAUCAAAACGUCUCGAUCCGGCGAUUAAUUUUGUCACGAAGUUGACGAUUAGCCGGCUUGUCGCGCGCGCGAUGUGAGAUUCAUAUUUUGCAAUAAAUUAACGAUGCGACGGUG